GGAGCUGGGUCGCCGCCCUAGCAACAAGCUGCAUAGAUAAAACAUCCGCCCUGUUUUACCCAUCAUCAGCGGGUCCCGUUUAGGAAUAAGGACAUUUUAACGUGGGCUUUUCCCCCUUUUUCAAAAUGGACAGUUUGCAAACAGGGGAUCCACGGUAUCUGAAAAGGAAAGUGAAGGGCUGUACUCUCGAUGUACACCCCACUGAGAGGGCUCUUAUCGUUCAAUAUGAGGUGGAGGCCACUGUCCUGGGAGAGCUGGGGAUCCCAAUGGUUGGAGAACGCAAAGAGUGUCAGAAAAUUAUUCGUCUGAAAAGCCUGAACGCCCACACAGAUACGUCCUCUUUGGCCCGAAAGGUCGUGGAGGAAUGUCGACUGAUUCACUCUUCCAAACUCCUCGAGGUGGAGCAGCUGCUCUUUUAUUUGCAAAACCGCAAACAGUCAAAUGACAACCAAGAGAAGAAACACAUCUCAUCUCGAGAGCUCAAACCUUACACAGGAGUGGAGCUGGACGAGGAGGCAAGCAUCAACAGCAUCGAUGAGUAUGUGGAGCUGCUGUAUGAAGACAUCCAGGAGAAGAUCAGAGGAGCCACCCUCAUCUUCCAACUAGCUCGAAACCCAGACAACCUGGAGGAACUCAUACAGAACGAGGCGGCCAUUGGAGCCCUGGCCAGAGUAUUGAGGGAGGACUGGAAGCAGAGCGUGGACCUGGCAACAACCAUCAUCUAUGUCUUUUUCUGCUUCUCCAGUUUCUCCCAGUUCCAUGGCCUGGUCACACAUUUCAAGAUCGGAGCCCUGUGUAUGAAUAUUAUUGAGCAUGAGCUGAAGAGAUACGACCUCUGGCAAGACGAACUACAGAAGAAGAAAAAGGCCUAUGAAGAAUUCUCUGAGAACCAAAAUCUGAAAAAGGAACAUGAGAAGUCUUUUAGAAAGUACCAGAGCCUUCUGGUCAAACAAGAGCAUCUUCUCAGAGUUGCUCUGGGCCUGCUGCUGAACCUGGCUGAAGACACCCGCACAGAGCUGAAGAUGAGGAAUAAAAACAUCGUCCACAUGCUGGUGAAGAUCCUGCACCGGGAGGACGAGGAGCUGCUGUUGGUGGUUGUCUCCUUCCUCAAGAAACUCUCCAUCUUCCUGGAAAACAAGAAUGAUAUGGCUGAAACGUUUGCCGUGGAGAAGCUGGCUCGGCUGGUUCCCUGCGAGCACGAGGAGCUCUUGAGCACCAACCUACGCCUCCUGCUCAACCUCUCCUUCGACACGACGCUGCGCAGCCACAUGGUCCAGGCAGGACUCCUUCCCAGAUUCUCGUCACUGCUCGCUGACGAGGGCCAGAGACAGCUCAGCAUGUGCAUUCUGUACCACAUCAGCAUGGACGACAGAUUCAAGUCCAUGUUUGCCGACACAGACUGCAUACCGCAGCUGAUGAAGAUGCUGUUUGACUGUGUGGAGAAGGAGAUAGAUGUGGAGCUCAUCUCGCUCUGCAUCAACCUGGCUGCUAACAAGAGUAAUGCGCGUAUCAUCUGUGAAGGCAACGGUCUGAAGAGAUUGAUGAAGCGUGCUCUGAAGCUAAAGGAUGUUCUGGUGAUGAAGAUGAUCAGAAACCUUUCUCAGCACAACGGACCCACCAAGAGCCUCUUCCUGGACCAUGUGGGUGACCUGGCAGCUCAGAUCAGUGAGGAGGAGGCGGAGGAGUUUGUGAUCGAGUCUCUCGGCACACUGGCCAAUCUCACCAUCCCCGACCUGGACUGGCAGCUUGUACUAAAGGAGUUCAACCUGGUGCCCUACCUGAAAGACAGACUGAAACCAGGGUCUGCUGAGGAUGACCUCAUUCUGGAAGUGGUGAUCAUGAUCGGCACCGUCUCCAUGGAUGACUCGUGUGCAGCCAUGCUGGCCAAGUCUGGCAUUAUUCCUGCUCUCAUCGAGCUUCUAAAUGCCCAACAGGAAGAUGAUGAGUUUGUGUGUCAGAUUGUCUACGUUUUCUACCAGAUGGUGUUCCACAAAGCUACCAGAGACGUCAUAGUCAAAGACACGCAAGCCCCUGCAUACCUCAUCGACCUGAUGCACGACAGCAACACAGAGAUCCGCAAAGUCUGCGACAACACGCUGGAUAUCAUCGCUGAAUAUGACGAGGAGUGGGGAAAGAAGAUCCAGAAUGAGAAGUUCCGCUGGUACAACGGUCAGUGGCUGGAGAUGGUGGAGAACCGUCCGUUGGAUGAAGCGGGAGAGCCCUUCCUGUUCGGGGAUGACGGAGAGUCCUUCAUCGGGGAGAGAGACAUCAUGGAGAGGCCCGACCUGUUCUACAGCCCUGAUGGGAUCACGUCAACGGACGGGGCCAUCAGUCCGGAGUUCUACAACGACCUCCAGGAUAGAGAGCUGGGACAGUCCGGGUACAUGAGCAGUGUGUCGGAGCAGUUUGUCCCAGCAGAUCAACCGGUUAGCGGCUACGGCUUCCAGCCCGAAGAACAGUUUUUCUUCAACUACAACAAUGCCUCCCGGUAAAAACCUGGAACCUGUCACUCAUAAAUACUGUACACAUGUCUCUGAUAUUGAAUGUGUGCUACUAAAGAUGCGUCUACUGUGGAGGAAUAGUAGCCGCACAUCUCUUGUUUCUGCACCUCACAGCGUUCUACAAGUUUUCACUGUCGUCUUAACAAUAAGUCAGUCUAUUAAUGAGGCGAACAAUCUGCAUUUUUUUUAACAAAGCACCAGUAUGACAAGUAUCUCACCCGCAACGUCCUUAAAUCUCUGAAAGUAUGUGCACAAUAAAUAGAGACAUAUUUUUCGUCUUACUAACUUAAAAUUCUGAAAGCAAUCCUGUCUAUGGCGGGCAGUCUUAGAUUUCAUUUUACUUUUAUUCAGACAUUUUUUUAAAUAUAAUUGUAAUGUUUCUUAAGUGAUUCAAGCACACAUGCUGUGUGUCAAAGCCUUAUCAUUUUAUUUUUCAUUAAUACAGUAUACAAAAAAAAAAAUCAAAAACAUCUACAUAUUUCAGAAGACAGCAUUUGCUUCCAUUCUUGCAAAACAAUUUUUUUU